AUGUCUUCCCACAAGCGCAAGCAGCAAGAGCCAUCGACUGCUCCGAACGAGACCGCUGAAGGCAGACAUGUGCGUCGCUGCCUCUCACCAGCGCCACCUCGACCAUCUUCCACGGUCGCAUGUCCCUCGACGCCCGCGGCAGCGUCCGCUCUUCUGUCACAGUCGAGCACCGUGACUGAAGAGGCUCGUGAGAAGGAGCCGCCCAUCGGCGAAAUUGAUGGCGAAUCUAAUGGCGAGCGUGAUGGUACAGGUGAUGGCGACAGUGACGCCGCGAGUGAGGCUACGGCCCGGCCCCCAAGUGAGGCAGCAUCUGAAGACUCGAGUGAGGAGGAAGAGACAGCAAAUGAAGAUAGAGGUGAUGAGGAAGGCGCAGGGUUUGGGGCUCAAGGCCAGACUGGGAGCGAGGCGUAUCAUGGCAGCGCGGAACGUGGCUAUGGCAAGCCCGCCGACGAGUAUCCCGAGGUAUACUACACGCACGACUCCUACAAGCACGUGGACGGCCACUUCCACCAUUCGGACGACGAAGACGAGGACGACGAAGAGGAAGGGGGGUUCGAUGAGCAGCAGUACGAGGAGCCUGAGGGCGAGUCCCAGAAAUAUGAGGAUUUCUGGCAGGGUCAGCAUGAAGAAGAUGGACUGGAGACCGACAAUGCCUCUGAGGACGGCGCCGCAACUGAUAUCUUCAGCACCAACGAGUCGCUCUUGGGAACCAGCGGCAGUCUCAGCACCGGAUCCUCCAAGCUGCAAAGCCGUCUCGCAGCCAUCGAAGCCAUCCGAAAGUUCGUCGAUAGCGACCUCGAGGAUGCACUUGAUGCGGAUUUCCAUCCCAUGGUGAAGACCGCACUCUGGCCCACCGAUUUCGUCGUCCUUCUAUCCCAGAUCCUCUGCUAUUCCACAACGGACGCACUCAACGAUUGGAUGCGCAGUCGAGUCGAUGAGCGCGUGAGAAAGGAUGGAAGAAAGACAGUGCCGAAAGACAAGAAGGUUGCGGGCAAGAAGGAUUUGAAGACAUAUCUCAAGGAGUGUAAGGAGCAGGGCGAGCCGUUCCGGACGAUGGAUGAUUGA